AUUUUCUAGGAGAUGGCGAACCUGAAAGUCCUCUUCUUGCAUCCAGAUCUUGGAAUAGGUGGUGCAGAGAGGGCAGUCAUAGAUGCUGCUCUAGCCCUGAAAUCUCAAGGUCAUCAAGUCCACUUUGUGACUUCACACCAUGAUAUAAAUCAUUGCUUUCAAGAAACAAGGGAUGGAACUCUGUCUGUAACAACAGUUGGUGAUUGGCUACCCAGGGGAAUUUUUGGCAGAUGUCAAGCAUUGUGUGCCUACUUGAGAAUGUUGUAUGCAGCGUUAUUUGUAGUAUUCUCCCCUCCAUUUGAGUAUGAUGUUAUCUUCUGUGAUCAGAUAUCAGCAUGUAUAUAUAUUUUAAAACUAUUUAAUGCCAAAGUGUUAUUUUACUGCCAUUUCCCUGACAUGCUUUUAACAAAGAGAGAAAGUAUACUAAAGAAAUGGUAUAGAGCUCCUAUUGACUGGUUAGAAGAAAAAACAACUGGAAUGGCUGAUUGUGUCCUUGUAAACAGUAAAUUUACUGCUGGUAUAUUUAAUGAGACCUUUAAGUCUUUAUCAUCUGUUAAUCCAAAGGUCUUGUACCCAAUACCAAACUUCAAAGCCUUAGACCAGCCAUUGGAAACAUCUACUGAUAUUAUACCUCCAAAUAAAACUACAGUAUUCCUGUCAAUUAACAGAUAUGAAAGGAAGAAGAAUCUCAACCUAGCAGUAGAAUCAUUUGGUAUGCUGCAGAAGAAACUUGGCAACAACAAAGGUGUACAUUUGAUAAUGGCGGGAGGUUACGAUGAAAGAGUGUUGGAGAAUAAAGAACAUUAUCUGGAAUUAAAGGAGCUUGUUCACAAAUUAGGACUGGAGGAUCAUGUUACAUUUUUAAGAUCAUUUAGUGAUUCAGAUAAAAGAACAUUGCUAUCAAAUUGUACAUGCCUUCUAUACACACCAGACAGGGAACAUUUUGGUAUAGUACCAGUUGAAGCUAUGUAUAUGCAGUGUCCUGUGAUAGCUGUGCAAAGUGGUGGGCCAUUGGAGACUGUAGAGGAUGGGAAAACUGGAUUUUUAUGUCCUCCAGAACCAAAGAGCUUUAUGGAAGCAAUGGAAAAUUUUGUAUCUGACAAGUCUUUGGGUAAAAAAAUGGGAAGUGCUGGACGUAAACGAGUUGAAGAAAGAUUUUCUUUUAAUACAUUUACAAAAGAAUUAAUUAGUGUAAUAGAAAAGGUUAAUAAUGGGAGCACAAGUAAUUCAAGCGUUUUAUUGUUUACUUUAGCUUUGGCGUUACUCAUUAAUAUUUGUUUUGCUGUUUUGUAUGUAUGUAUCUUUUGAUCUGACAAAAGUUUUGUUAUAGGAUGUAAAUUGGUUUUUCAUCAUGACCUUUUACUGCAAUUCCUGCAAUUGUGAAAGAUACAACUGUGAUAAUUUUCAUAUGAAAUAUAUAUUUUUAUAACAUAAUUAACGAAAAACUUUAUUAAAAUUAGAAUAUUUCCUUUGCUUUAAAAAAAACCUUCUGUAUAUUUACUUUUUUCACUGUGUAUUUAUUUUUCUGAAUUUUGCCAAAUGUAAAAUGUUGUGAAAACUAAGUUACAAAUGAAAACAAACUUGGCUUUAUACAAAUACAGCAAUUGAUUGUGAUAUGAACAAGAUUUUCACAAAUUUCUUAAUAGAUGACCUAUCAGACCACAUUGUAUGGCAUUGCUUGUUACUUAAUUUAAUCUUUGGAUUUAUUUUAUUUUCAUGCUUUAAAAGAUGAUAUAAAAUAAUGAUUAAACAUGAUACUU